AUAUCCUGUCUGUUGUUCGCCUCUUUCGCUGUAAGCUUUUCCUCUUUUAUUUCUUCCCCUUGGUGCGGGAAUGAUUUCCUUCCUGUCCUUCCAUUUGGAUUCUUUUCAUUUCAGUUCAAUUCGAUUCCGGCUCAUACCGUCAGUCCGAGAAGCACUGUGUGCCAUUUUUGCUCGUCGACUUUCAGCCUUAUCUUUUUUUUUCUUUCUCUCCUUUCUUGCCCUUCUUUUUCCUAUUCUGUAUAAAGGGCAUUCAUUAUAUUCUACCUCGUUUCUUUUUUAGGAGGGUAGCGGUUCAGCCUUUGUUGACUGUUUCCCUUCUUUCGCUUCAUUGGGCAUUUGACAUGUCCAGUUUUUUACCCCUUGUCCCCUGUCAUUGAAACCUGACUGCAUAUAUUGCAUGGUUCCUGGACUGACCUAUCCUUUCUAUUUCUCCCUGCAAGACUCCGAGGCAUACAUUUGCAAGCCUUCCAUUCUGAAUUUUGUCUGAAUAAUAGCAUUGUUUUAACGAAAGGAAAACGGCCUAUUUAAUGUAGGUACCUGUAUCGGUACUAUUUAUGAAGACUCUAUAAAUAUCAACGGGCGCUCGACCUAUGAAGAUCGAAAAAUGAGUGCCCUGACUCAAUCGCAGGACGGUUGCUCCGUCUCAGCCCAAGACCCUAUCUCUGCUCUUGCUGCUUUUGAAUUCCCUCAGAUGGACUCUACUACGCCUUUGGCAGAUUCAUUCCCCAGUCCCCCUUCUGGGGAGCUCCACUGGCGCACGCAGUCCGAGAGCGUUAUCCCCCCAGAAAGCCCCAGGAGGAUGAAGAGGCUCAAGCGGAAGAACGGACUCGUGAACUUGAACCCGGCACGGCCGCUGGUGAGUCCUCAUGCUCGUUCUUUUUCCAUAUCAGGGUCUUCCGCGCCAUCGAGUCCGCCGCCUCUAUCGCCAUCGAAUUCGCUGAGUGUCAUGUCCCAGAGGAGUGAGUCUGAGCUGGAAGGUUCUCUUUCCGUUGUGGCUUCUUCCAGUUUUUCUGAAGUGAAUACUAUCCCUGAAGCGCAUGAAAUGAACUCCCCAGAGCAAUUGGAUACUUUACAUGAUUAUGAAGAACACGAAACGCCCACGAAUACCGCAUCCCGCUUCCACUCCAAAUCCAAAGAGGACUCGUACUUCGCAGCUAUGCCAUCAGCACAAGUCACCAUUUCUCACGAUGGAACGCCAUUUGAGAUCCUCAAUCCUCGCAAAUCCCUGAAAACCGCUCGAAUCGUAUCCUUCAUCGAGGACACCGACCGCUUCUCGAUCCUCACCGGUGAUCGUUCCGGAAUUCCCAUUGGGACUUAUCGUGCUGAGACCUUAGUGGAGGAGGAUGAAUCCGAGCACAAUCACCCAGCAGAGUCAUCAUCAUCAUCAUUCACAGCGCAGAAGAAGCAAUCCUCGGUUUCUCUGCAUUCCUCCUUCCACUACUUACCAUCCAGCUACUCCACGGAGACCAUUCCAAAAAUCCCUUCUCCAUCUCCGGGAAUGGACCUGACGAACCCCUACGCGGCUCUGCCCCGAUGCAGGGACCUACCCAGAACCCCACGCCAUCUGAUCCGCCCAGGACCAUUAUCUAAUCAGCCCAGCGAGCAGAGUAUACGUGACCGCGCCAUGCAUGACGGACGCAAUCUACGACGCGAACGCUCAAUGCCGGCAAUGCGAACACGAAGGGAAAGCGGAAAUAAUAAUGCACACCUCGAUCUCGUCGGUGACUUCUCAGAUCCGCCCAUCCCUUCUAUCUCCGAACGGCUCGACUCUCACAGCAACCAUCCAUUUAGAUUUGACAUAGUCCAUCUAACUCCGAUCCCAAACCCGGAUGGCGGAUACCGGAUACCGGUACCGGGGAAUGGAUCCGGGGCAGACCAGGAUGAAAUGGUGAUCCAUACCUGGCUGCCUAAGCCAGGGACGGAGGCUAUGAGGAAACAUAAGCGGAAAGUCAGCCGUAAUCAAAUGAAGGAGAAGAUGUCCCGGUUUGGGUUUGGGUGGAUGUCUUCAUUGUUUCGGUCUGGGAAUUGAUUGGUCUAUGCAAGAAGGGGAAAUAAGUAACAACAAGCGGGGGGACGCCUAUUUCUAGUUUUGGCCAUGCGCAUGGUAUGGAGUUUCAAUUGAGAUGUGGAUUUUGGAUUUUUGGGGGGUUUGUUUGGCGCUGACAAGCGGGAUGUCUCUAUAGCUGUACGGAGUACGGAGUAGUUUAUGAAUGGAUUCUAUCUCCAGAAGUAGUGGAUUCAUUUCCCACCUCUAACCCCGAUCAAAAGAGUAAGCGGU